AAGUUUUUUGAAUUCAUCGAACAGGACCUAGCUCUGCCCUUUCUUUCUGAAAUAAAUAAUGCAUUCUAGCUUGACAGCUAAAGAUAUUGGGUAAUGGACUAUAAAUAACACCACCUACUGAAACGAACUAGUAAUCACAACAUGGCUUUUCACUUCUCUUCUCGACUGUUUUCAUCUUGCCUCCUAUUUAGCUUUUGCCUGAUGUUAAUAAGAGCACAUGGAUCUCGCAGAUUGUACAUCGCCUACCUUGGUGAGAAGAAACAUGAUGAUCCUACUCUUGUGACUGGUUCACACCAUGACAUGCUCAGCAGUAUUAUUGGAAGUAAGGAGGAGGCCAAGGCUUCCAUCACCUACAGCUACAAGCAUGGCUUUUCAGGCUUUGCAGCAAUGUUAACAGAAGACCAAGCUGAGGAUCUGGCAGAAUUACCUGAAGUUAUCAGUAUUACUCCAAAUCAGAAGCAUGAGCUAAUGACCACCAGAAGCUGGGAUUUCCUCGGGCUUAAAAAUGAACCACCCAGUGAGUUUCUGCAAAGGAGCAACUAUGGAGAAGACAUAAUUAUUGGGAUAAUUGACACUGGUAUUUGGCCUGAAUCAAAAAGCUUCCAUGACCACGGAUAUGAUGCAAUACCAUCACGAUGGAAGGGCGUCUGUCAACUAGGAGAGGCCUGGGGGCCCUCCAAUUGCAGCAGGAAAAUCAUUGGUGCACGGUACUACGCGGCUGGCCUUGACAAAGCCAACUUCAAGAAGAAUUACAUGUCUGCCCGGGACAACAAUGGCCAUGGAACACACACAGCAUCCACAGCAGCAGGUGUGGCAGUAGAGGGGGUUAACCUCCAUGGCCUAGGAGCUGGGGUAGCACGUGGUGGUGCACCCCGAGCACGGCUUGCAGUUUAUAAGGUUGGGUGGGAGGAGGGUGGUGCUGGUGGAGUAUACCUCGCUACUGCCGCAGUACUAGCAGCUCUAGAUGAUGCUAUCCAUGAUGGAGUCGAUAUCCUGUCCCUCUCACUUGGUGUUGAUGAGAAUUCAUUUGGGGCACUCCAUGCAGUCCAGAAUGGGAUUACUGUUGUUUAUGCCGGGGGAAAUAGAGGCCCUCGACCUCAAGUCCUUUAUAACACAGCUCCUUGGGUCAUUACAGUCGCAGCGAGCAAGAUUGAUCGAUCUUUCCCAACUGCCAUCACCCUGGGAAACAAGCAAACAUUAGUGGGACAAUCACUCUAUUACAAGUUAAAGAACGAUACAGAGAGCAGAUUUGAAUCACUUGUAAAUGGUGGCAAUUGUUCAAGGGAGGCGUUAAAUGGCACAAGCAUCAAUGGAAAAGUUGUUCUAUGCAUUGAAUUAACUUUUGGCCCGAUAGGAAGAAUUUUCAAAGAUGUCUUUGCAGGCGUUAUUCAGGGUGGGGCGUCUGGUCUUAUCUUCGCUUUUUAUACCACGGAUGUUCUUUUGAGCACAGAAGAUUGCAAGGGGAUAGCCUGUGUUUUUGUUGACAAUGAGAUUGGAUAUCAAGUUGCAACAUACAUAGGCAGUGAAAGAUUACCCACUGUUAAGAUUGAGCCAGCAAGUAGUAUUACAGGAAAUCAGGUCCCCGCUCCAAAGGUGGCAAUAUUCUCCUCAAGAGGCCCAUCCAUCAAAUACCCUACAGUUCUUAAGCCUGACAUAGCAGCUCCAGGAGUCAACAUCUUAGCUGCCAAAGAAGAUGCAUAUGUAUUUAACUCAGGGACAUCAAUGGCAGCCCCACAUGUAGCAGGCGUUGUGGCAUUGCUUAAGGCUCUACAUCCUCAUUGGUCUCAUGCUGCUCUCAAAUCAGCAAUUGUCACCACAGCAUCAACAAAGGACGAAUAUGACACGCCGAUAUUAGCAGAAGCGCUUCCUCGGAAAGUUGCUGACCCUUUCGAUUAUGGAGGAGGGAACAUAAAUCCUAUUGGAGCUGCUGAUCCUGGCCUAAUUUAUGACAUCGAUCCAAAGGAUUACAACAAAUUCUUCGCUUGUCAGAUCAAGAAAUAUGAGAUCUGUAACAUUACGACAUUGCCAGCCUAUCACCUGAAUCUGCCUUCUAUAUCUAUACCAGACCUAAGGCAUCCAAUAAACGUACGACGAGCAGUCACUAAUGUCGGGGAGGUGGAUGCGGUUUACCAAUCCUCUAUAGAAUCCCCCCUUGGAGUGAAGAUGACUAUCGAACCGCCUGUCCUAGUCUUCAAUGCUAGCAAGAAAGUGCAUGCCUUCAAGAUUUGCAUUACACCUCUGUGGAAAGUGCAGGGAGGCUACACAUUCGGCAGCCUAACUUGGUACAAUGAGCACCACACUGCAAGAAUCCCAAUUGCUGUCCGGAUCACAAUUCAAGACUUCUACGCUGAUGUUGCUUAGUAAUGAACAUAUUUCUAGACAAUGUAUACUCAGUAAUAAACAUGUAAACCAAUAGCGCUUGCAAUAAGAACAAUUUGCUUCAUUGUUCA